GGGUUAGAAACCUAGAAUGCGCGGCUUAAUUGAGCAGGCAUGAACAAGGUUAACAAACUCACCGUCCUCGGCCGAGCCAUUGGCGGCCGGGCCUCGGCCGCCGGCAUCGGUCUCACCACUCAACGCCGGCUUCUGCAACCGGCUGUGUCGGGUCUUAACUCAGCGAGCAAGCUACAGCGGUUCCCUCAUAAGCUCGCCGGUCACUUCCCCCUACCCGCUCUUGCCGUAUCUGGAACUAUGUUAUUGUCCGGACUGGCUCAGGAUGUUCCCGCCGAGGAUCCGGUGCAUCCCAAGAAGUUCCUUCCAAACGACGUAGUUCUGUAUCAGUACGAAGCCUGCCCUUUCUGCAACAAAGUUAAAGCAUUCCUGGAUUACUAUGAUAUUGGAUACCAAGUUGUGGAGGUGAACCCCAUAAACAAAAAGGAGAUAAAAUGGUCCGAGUACAAGAAGGUGCCUAUACUAACAGUUGACGGUGAACAAAUGGUCGAUUCAUCAGAUAUAAUUAAUAAGUUGUUCCAAAGGAUUCAUCCUGAGAAAUACCUUCAUUCUGUCCCAGAUGGUGAUGAAGAAAGAAAAUGGCUUGGGUGGGUUGAUAAUCACUUGGUGCAUGUCUUAUCUCCAAACAUAUACCGGAGUGCUUCUGAGGCUAUCGAAUCAUUUGACUAUAUCACAACCCAUGGCAAUUUCAGCUUCACAGAGAGAAUAAUAGCAAAAUAUGGCGGAGCUGCAGCCAUGUAUUUUGUGUCAAAGAAACUGAAGAAGAGGCAUAACAUCACUGAUGAACGUGCCGCCUUGUAUGGAGCUGCAGAAACAUGGGUGGAUGCUCUAAAGGGCAGGAAAUUCCUUGGUGGCCUGGAACCUAAUUUAGCUGAUCUAGCUGUAUUUGGUGUUCUGAGACCCAUCCGACACCUCAAAUCUGGGAGAGACAUGGUGGAACACACUGGGAUUGGCGAAUGGUACAGUCGAAUGGAAGCUGCCGUGGGGGAGUCAUCUCGAAUCAAGGUGUAGAGCCGUCGUCUCUUGUAUGUCUGUUGGGUCAAAAUAUGGUCAGCCUCAACCUCAGGACCUUCAAUAUGCUCUUCAACUCUAGUAUGACUAAACAGAGAUCAAAACUAAUAAUCUCGAGAUGCUUAUGCGUUUUGGUAAGUGGAAGAGAAAGUGCAUGGCAUGGUUGUUUAUAAAAAGACAUUGAUCAGCUGUUAUUAUUACUUUUAUUCAUUGAAUACUUUGGAACGAGUAAAAGUGAUGAUCAGUGAUAAAAUUAAGCACUUCUUUUAUUGUUUCAAA